AUGGCGAUCGUGGCUAGUGUUCGGUGCGGUGGAAACGUUUGUCUGCAACGCCAUGAUCCAUCCAAUCUUUUCCACUUUCAUAUCCCAAAUGCCCCCGCAUGUUCUUUGAUGGUCUCAAAUCCACAAUCGUCGAAACCAAGAACGUCCAAGAUCUUGGUGUCGUCGUCGUCUAAGGUAAGUCUCCAACCACUGCGAAAACAAGAAGAGAAGAAACAGGAGGAGUUGUCGUACGAGAAAAUAGACGAGUGGAUGAGAGAUUCGGUGGUUGAGAUCGUCAAGAAGUUGCCCGAAUCGCCCCUCUUGGUCCACGUAUACUCCGACAACAACACGACAAAAACAAGGACGGAAAAGGCGGAGGAAGACAACUGGGUUUCGGUGAAACAAAAGUGGGAGAAAGGAGAGACUCCAAUGCCUGAUGGGGUGAUUUUUGUUGAACAAAUACAAGAAGAAGGGGUUGGAAAAAAGAUUGAGAAAGAGAAAAUUGAUGAGGUUUCCAGGGCCUGGGGGAUUGUGAUUCAGAGCAAGGGACAAGAAAGGUGUGGACCACCUCCAGCUUGUUAUUUGUUGAAGACUAGUAAGGUGGGUUCAGGGUUUGGGUUAAGGUGCACCCAUUUUUGUUUGGUGAGGGUUAAUAAUUUCAGGGAAUCUGCUUUCUCACAGCUCAAGAAUUGCUGGUUGUUGCAGGGGAAUUGA